AGGGUUUAUGAUUCAGGAUUCUCCUUUGUGUUCACAAUGCUAAGCAGCUGUCAUGAAACCACGAGUUAGAGAAAUGAGAGUUCAACUCAUCACCACAGUCUACGUGGUCCUUCUUCUCUGCAUCUGUGAUGCUUUUCAGGUUUUCCAGCCAGCCAGUCAGACCUUAAAUCCAGAUGGCACUUUCUCAAUCAUUUGUGAGCACACAAAAACAGGCCACUCAAAAAUGGAUGCCAGACUGAACAAAAUCACCCCUCCUGAAAAUCCUUCUGCAACGAGUGAAAUUGUCUGUCAGAAAGAGAACCCCCUCCUAAACUGCACCUGGCUAUUACUGGAAAGUAACCAGCACAAAUUUACAGUACACAAUGUGGAUCCAAAUGACAUAGGAUGGCUUUAUCAGUGUGAGUUCUCCAACAUAACAAAAAUUCCGAUCAUAACCAAAAAAGGAUCUCCCACCAAACUACUCGAAGUGGCCACAUCUCCAUGCCUGAGGAAUACAACCAAAGUCUCUGAGUGUUCCACCCCAGCCACGCUCCACUGUCCAGACCUUAACCUUAUCUCAUGGCUGCUGAUUGGACUAUCUGCCUUGCUUCUUCUCCACAGCCUCGUUAUAACGUCUGUCUAUGUCAAACUAAAGCAUAAUCAAACCAAGAGAAGGGGAGGAAACCCUGAAAGCAAUUCAACCUACAUGGAUAUGAGGAAGAUGCCCGCUGGAGUGAGGGUGUGAUACAGCUGCGGCAAGCUGCAGUAAUCUGAAGGUUGCCAGUUCGAUUCCCGGCUGUGCCAAAUGAUGUUGUGUCCUUGGGCAAGGCACUUCACCCUACUUGCCUUGGGGAGAAUGUCCCUGUACUUACUGUAAGUCGCUCUGGAUAAGAGCGUCUGCUAAAUGUAAAUGUGAUAAGAGCUCAAACUAGUAACAUCAAGCUUGUGUGCAAUUCUUAUUUGUUUGCAGAAUUCCCCAAUGGAAACUAUGUACUAUGUACAGUAGACAGUUAUGUUUAGCCUACCUGAUACGUUUUUUAUUGUUAAAUACUUUUUUGUACUGCAUUAUUUAAUUACAAAGACGGAAUGAAAAAAAUUACUAUGUUCAAUAGUAGUGACCGCUUGUUUUGGAAUUUGUAGUUAAAUAAAGUUAUGGAGAUCUUAGUGCCAGCAGAGUGAUUAUAAAAAAAUUGAUUAUGCCUUUUGAUAAGUAGGAAAUUGCAUUAUGCAGAAUUAUAAUUUACUGGCAACGUGAUUAUUUAUGAAAUUUUUUUGUGUCAAAAACACAAUUAUUACAUUGUUUGGACUCAGAAAUAAAUACGGUUUUGUUUAAUCAUAAGGGCAAGAGUUAAAAAUUAUAUCUGGAAACAACCGUUGGCUAUUCAAAUGCCUGUAUAAAAAAUACAAACAAACUUUUAAAUCUUACAAAUAAAGACAGUAAAAUUCAGCAUACAGGUGCCCUACAACCGUCUGAAUUUAGCUCAUUUCAGACAAACUGGGCCCGGUGUAGACUACUGACUCCACCGAACGUUAUUUAGUGAAACACAAGAAAACAAUAUUUACUUCCGUCUAUGCAACGUACCAACAGUUUUUUUUUUUUUACAUUUAGCGACAAGUUAGACUUCAAACGUGGCAGAUAGACAUCCUCUGUUGUUUGUUUGUAAGAUAGAUUUGUUUAUUUCAACAAGUUAAACGUAGUUAAAUACAUACAGCACAUUUUGUUAGCCUUCUUGGAUCUGGAAUGGCACAUAUUAGCUAGCUAUUUUAAGGGAUACAGUAGCUAGCUAACGGAAACAACUACUGUGUAGCCAGCCAGCUAGCUACAGUAGUAGUGCUAGUCAGAUACCGAAUAAUACCUAUCUAACAUAACGUUUUAAAAGGAGUUGCAUUAAG